CACACGGUUCAUGCGUGCUUGCUUCCAGCUGGUGGUCUUCCUGCCGGCCCUGUGUCGGAAGAUGGGCGUCCCCUACUGCAUCAUCAAGGGGAAGGCCAGGCUGGGACGGCUGGUCCACAGGAAGACAUGUACCACCGUUGCCUUCACACAGGUUAACUCGGAAGACAAAGGUGCUCUGGCUAAGCUGGUGGAAGCUAUUAGGACCAAUUACAACGACAGAUACGAUGAGAUCCGCUGCCACUGGGGAGGCAAUUUCUUGGGUCCUAAAUCUGUGGCUCGAAUUGCCAAGCUGGAAAAGGCAAAGGCCAAAGAACUCGCCACUAAACUGGGUUAAAUGUACACUCACUGC